GCGUCCCUGAGCCGUGGUCUCUGCCAGGCGCCGGCGGCUGCUCGCCGAGGCGCACUCGCGCUCCGGGCUCCGGGCGCGCUGGUCGGCUCCACUCUGCGGCCCCAGUCGCCCGGCGUCCUCGUCGUCCCGCGUCCCCGCCGGGGGCCAUGGGCCUGCGCCGCGAGCGCCGUCGCCGACCGCAGGCACCCGAGCCCCGGGGCGGGCGCUGACGCGGGCACCGCUGCCAACUUCGCGCGGAGCUGCGGGCGGCGCGGGCGGCAUGAAGACGAGCCGCCGCGGCCGAGCGCUCCUGGCCGUGGCCUUGAACCUGCUGGCGCUGCUCUUCGCCACCACCGCCUUCCUCACCACGUACUGGUGCCAGGGCACGCAACGGGUGCCCAAGCCUGGCUGCGGCCAGGGCGGCGGCGCCAACUGCCCCAACUCGGGAGCCAACGCCACGGCCAACAGCACAGCCGCCCCCGUCGCCGCGAGCCCGGCCGGCGCGCCCUACAGCUGGGAGGCGGGCGACGAGCGCUUCCAGCUGCGCCGUUUCCACACUGGCAUCUGGUACUCGUGUGAGGAAGAGCUCGGUGGCCCGGGUGAGAAAUGUCGAAGCUUCAUUGACCUGGCCCCAGCUUCAGAGAAAGGGGUGCUGUGGCUGUCGGUGGUCUCCGAGGUGCUCUACAUCCUUCUGCUGGUGGUCGGCUUCAGCCUCAUGUGUCUUGAGCUCCUCCACUCCAGCAGCGUCAUAGACGGGCUCAAGCUCAAUGCCUUUGCUGCGGUCUUCACGGUGCUCUCAGGUCUCCUGGGAAUGGUCGCACACAUGAUGUACACACAGGUGUUCCAGGUCACCGUGAGCCUCGGUCCUGAAGACUGGAGACCUCAUUCCUGGGACUAUGGGUGGUCCUUCUGCUUGGCCUGGGGUUCAUUUACCUGCUGUAUGGCGGCAUCUGUCACUACGCUCAACUCCUAUACCAAGACAGUCAUUGAGUUCCGGCACAAGCGCAAGGUCUUUGAGCAGGGAUACCGGGAGGAGCCGACCUUCAUAGACCCUGAGGCCAUCAAAUACUUCCGGGAGAGGAUUGAGAAGGGGGACGUGAGUGAAGAGGAAGACUUCCGUCUUGCCUGCCGCCACGAGCGAUACCCCACCCGGCACCAGCCACACAUGGGAGACUCCUGGCCACGGAGCUCAGCUCAUGAGGCAGCAGAGCUAAACCGUCAGUGCUGGGUCCUAGGGCACUGGGUGUGAUGCAGCCCAAGCGCCCCUGCCUUCCUGCCAUCACUGGCACACCCCUCCCACAGGACAUGGAAGCCUGGUCUCUGUGCUGUGGACUCAGCUCUCCUGUCAUGGACACACCAGGCCUGCCUAGACUGUCACCGCUGCCUCAGUCUUGGGGUCCCAGAAAUGGGUCAAGUGGGCCUGAGGGACUGUCCAGGUGGCAAAGAGACUUGGAGACAGCCGCCACCACCACACCUAGAGCCCCACCCAACUGGAAAGCCAGGAAAAACAUGGGCAUUGACCACCGGAUGCUGGACACCCACAGCCAGCCACAAAGUCAAGCAGGCGCCCAGAGGGGCAGGGUCCUGUGGGAACAGGGAGCAGGGCUUAUUGAGGGAGAGGCAGUGUCUGCCUCUGCAGGGGCCACACGGCAGGCACACAGCAGGGGCUCAAUAAAUGCUUGUUGAAUAUGUUCUCUUGCUAUGUAUGGGCUGGCUCCCCCAUCAUUACGUUGCCCGAGAUGUGAACCCUGGACACUAAGACUAGGGCCAAACAUUUUGGAUGAGCUAGAAUCCAGCCUGGCCUGGGGAAGAUCAAGAUGGAGACAGGUAGACAGAGCAGGAGGGGAAGGCCAGGAGCUAGAAGCAGCACAUGUGUCUAGGGACUUCAGCAAAUGUGAUACCACCCUGACCCUGAGGAUCCUUUAUCUUGUGUCUAGGGCCACUUUACAGAAAACCUCUGGCUCAGCUGCUUGGGGAAAGCCAUUGCUGUCUUGACUAUGAGAGCUUGGGUCCAGAGAGGGAAGUUUCUUGCUUGAGACUAGAGGUGACAUGUGGGACUGUGAGUUUAAACCAGACUUGCUCCAAGUUUAGUCUCUCAAGAGCCUAAGCCUGCCCUGAAGGAUUGGCAAACCAAGGCAGAAUGUGGUCUUCUCCUUCAUUCAUCCACCCAUUGCCCAUUCAUGUCCCACUAUCCCACCAGCCAGCCAUUUAGCAAGCAUUCGGCCACAUCACCUACACAACCACUCAUCUGUCCAUCCACUCAUCCAUACAUGAUCCAUCCAUUCACCAUCCAUUCACCCAUCAUCCAUCAUUUACCCACCAUCAUGUAUCAUGACCAUUUAACCAUCUGUCCAUGCAUCUAUUGAUCCAUCUAUCCAUCCACCAUCCAUCCAUUCACCAUCCAUCCAUCCAUCCAUCCAUCCAUCCAUCCAUCCAUCCACUCAUAUGUGGUUCAUCCAUCUAAUCAGUCACCCAUUUAGCAGUAUGUAGCCACUCAUCACCUAUCCAACCAUCCAUCCAUCCAGCCAGCAUCUAUCCAUCCAUCCUCAAUUAUCCAUUCACCCAUGAUUCAGCCAUCCAUUAUCCAUCUGUCACUGUCAUUUCUCUCCUUGUCAAUCAUCCAUCCACCCAUCCAUGCUUCAGCCAUUUUCAUCAUCCAGCUAUCUAAUCUGUGCAUCUGUCUGCAUACAGAUGUCAUCUAUUGUGCCCCUACUGUGUGCCGCACAGUGUAGCAGGCCCUUGAGAUAGAACACUGAAGCUUCCAGGGAAGUAAAGGAUGGAAUGGGAGGUGACAGUUCAGUGUAUGAGUGCUGGGUGUGGUACCUGCUCUGGAGUCAGACUGCCUAGCAUCAGAUCCUGUCUCCUCAGCCCUGGUGGCCUUACCCUGUAGAUGGGACUCUUCAUUGUACCUACCUCUUAUAGCUGCUGAGGGUGGGGGUGGGGGGCGGUGGUGACACAGACUGGUGCCUGUGAGCCCAUGGAGCAGAGUCUGGACCAUGAAAAGCAUCUUGCCAUCAUGUCAACGAGGAGAGUUGGGGGCCAUGGGGCUGAGGCAGUGCCUGUUGGAGAACACCAGAAGGACUGGUGAUCAAGGAAAUGAUAUCCAAGCCAUCUCGCUGAUGUCAGGUUGUGGAAGGAAAGACAGGACAGGAGAGGCCUUUCAAAUGGCCCAAAGGCAAGCAUAGAGGGAAAGGAGGUCUCUGGGGGUGGAACCAGAUUGCAGAGAGGACUCAAAGCUUCACUGGGGACCUGUAGCUUAUCCUGGGGACAGCUGGGUGCUCUGGGCAGGGUGGGGCAGGUCAAGGUGAAGUGUGUAGUCUAGAAAGUCACUGCAGCUCCAGGCUAGAUGAAGGCAGGACUUCCAUGUCCUUGCAGGGUCCUAAGUGUGAGGAGAGUGUUGUGGGUGAGGAACAGGCCCAUAGUGUGUCAGGUGGCUGACUUAGGGGCCAAGAGGAUGGAUUGGCAUGGGAGGAGAGGGCUUAAGGUGCUGCCCUCUGUCAGGCAGGGCACCUAGGGCCAAAGGGUGACUAUGCAUCUGUGUGCAGGUAUGUCUGUGCUCAGUCACUCUGAAAGUACCUCUCUUUGUGUUCACACAGUUGUUGUGGGGGCCUCUGGGGGAUACAAAGUUGACCUGGACAGAGUCCUGCACAGUUGUGAGGGCUUCAGAAGACCAGUACGGGGAGCUGCGGCACUGGCCUUUCACAAGUGGGAGCCCCUGGGAUGAGGCCUGAGCAUGGUCAUUGGUCUGGAAUCUGACCCUGCCACCAGGAACUUUGUAGGUCUUAGUGGUCAUCCAGGGGCCCUGUGAAGUUGAUCAUGGGCCCCAGGAGGUCCAAGACAUGAUUUUAGUUGCAAAACUGCCAUCUAUUUUAAUAGCUGUGUUUAUGUAAAUGUGUAUUAGAAGACUGUGUAUGGGCGUGUCCACGCUCCAGAUGCAGGCGCUGCUGCGUAGACUGAACCACAAUAGGCAUUUCAGUAAAAAAAAGUUGGCUUAAAGAAAAAUACUAAAUAAAUAUUCAUGCAAGUGGUC